AUGUAUCAAGUGGAAUUACAUCAAUUCCUAUCGGAGACUACAACGGAAGAGAGAUACUUUUUCAAUCUUAAAUUAAACGUUACUUUCAGCACCUGGAAACAAUCGAUUUUUGCUUCUGAAUACACCAUAAAGUAUGGAAAGUCUAGGAAAUAUGGACUCAGGACUUUGGAUUUAAAUGAUAUUGCUGCAGGCGCUUCUGUAUCCAGCUAUAUUUCCCUUCGGUGCAGAGAUUUGGAAAAUAUGGAACUGACCAAAGCUAGAAUUUAUGGAUCGACAACUAACGAGACUAUGGACCUGAAAAUCGACAUGCAAUUUACCAGAUUUAAACUUUCGAGACUUGACCAUCUAACUGGUAUUAAGCAAUCUAAUGCAAAGCAAGAACAUGUGAAUAUAAAAUUUGUAAACGAUUCAGACAACAAUUCCGCAGAUGUAAAGCAGCUUUCAGAAGAAAAAGCCUUUAUAAUCACCAAGUAUUAUAAUGAUUUCCACCUCAAAUCAAAUAAUGAUGUACAAGGAGCCGGAAAAUCUAUUAAAAAACAAGUUCACAAGGAAGAUUGGCAAAAAGACCUUUCUAGAGGCUACGUCGAGCUGAAGUUUGACCAUAUAAUUAAAUAUAGUAUAUCCCUACUUUGA